GUUUUGCUUUGUUCUCCCUCUUCUUUACCCUCUGCUUCCCCCUUCACCUUUAGGAAGCUAGCAGGAUGCACCCUCUUCAUCACGGGCGCAAGCCGGGGCAUUGGCAAGGCCAUUGCUUUGAAAGCUGCCAAGGAUGGUGCAAACAUUGUGAUAGCUGCCAAGACAGCUGAGCCCCAUCCUACUCUUCCAGGGACUAUCUACACUGCUGCAGCAGAGAUUGAAGCAGCUGGAGGAAAGGCUUUGCCAUGUGUUGUUAAUGUGAGAGAAGAACAGCAAAUUAUUAAUGCUGUGGAGAAAGCUGUGAAGACUUUUGGAGGGAUUGAUAUUUUGGUGAACAAUGCAAGCGCCAUCUCUUUGACUGGCACUUUGGAAACAGAAACGAAGAAAGUCAAUCUUAUGAUGGAUGUCAAUGUACGAGGAACCUACCUCACGUCUAAAACAUGCCUUCCCCACUUGAGGAAGAGUAGGAACCCCCAUAUCCUGAACCUGAGUCCACCUAUGAAUCUGAAUCCCAUGUGGUUCAAAAAUCACUGUGCUUAUACUAUUUCCAAGUAUGGGAUGUCCAUGUGUGUCUUGGGAAUGGCAGAAGAAUUCAGAGGAGAAGUUGCUGUAAAUGCUUUGUGGCCUAAAACAGCUAUACAUACAGCUGCUAUGGAUAUGCUGGGAGGAUCUGGAAUAGAAAAACAGUGCAGGAAGACGGACAUCCUUGCAGAUGCUGCAUACUGCAUUUUAACAAAACCAAAAAGUUUCACUGGAAAUUUCAUUAUUGAUGAAGAUCUGCUGAGAGAAGAAGGAGUUAAAGAUUUUGAUAGCUACGCAAUUGCACCAGGUCACCCCUUAAUGCCCGACUUCUUCUUGGAUGUUGAAACUGACAUGUCAGCCAUGAAACAAGAAGGACAGG